UCUCCUUUCCCUCUCGCUCUAAAAAACGAACGGUCAACCCGGCCACGGAGAAGCGACGGUGAGCGAGCGAGCGAGCGAGCGAGCCGAGCCGAGCUAUGCACUCCGAUUCGAGCCCUGAAGAGACGGCCGUGACCCGAGACGGAGCGCCUGACGAGCCCGGCCGUAGCCGCCGGACAUGGAGCUGUCUCUGCCUUCGCUGUCCCAGGGAACUCCGGCGGCCUCGCUGGCGUCAUCCUCCGGCAGAGCCGCGGCGAAGCAGCUCUACGACCACGGCGGCGGGGGAGGUGGGGAGGAGGGGAUGAGGCGCGCGGGCUUCGGCGGAGCUGCCAGGCCCCUACCUCGGGUGCGGUGCGUCAAGUCGUCCGCCGAGAGGAACGGCGGCGGAAUCGAUGCGAGCCGGGAGAGGGAGGGCGCGGGAGGGGGACGCUUCGCGGGCCCCGCCAUGGAGGUGACCACAUUCGACCGCGGCUUCGGCGAUUCGGAGUUCCCGAUUUGGGAGAAGAUCGGCGCCGUCGUGCGGCUCAGCUACGGAAUCGGUAUAUACGGGGCAAUGGCGUUGGCCGGGCGAUUCAUCUGCUCGUUCACCGGGAUAGAUUGCACGGGAGGGUUCCAUCCUUCGCUAGACGCGAUCGUCGGAGGGCUCGGAUACGCCAUACCAAUCAUGGCUCUUCUGUUUAUUCUAGAUGACGAAGUAGUGAAGUUGUCACCUCAUGCUCGGGCUAUAAGAGACGUGGAAGAUGAAGAGCUAUGGAGCUUCUUUUAUGGGAUGUCGCCGUGGCAGUUCAUACUAAUUGUUGCUGCUAGCUCAAUUGGGGAGGAGCUUUUCUACAGAGCUGCGAUUCAGGGAGUACUCGCCGAUGUGUUUUUGAGGGGCACAGAUUUGGUCACUGACGCUAAAGGGAUCGCUUCUCUGACUGGAGUGCUACCACCUUUUGUCCCUUUUGCUCAGGCAUUUGCAGCGGUUAUUACGGCUGCGCUAACGGGUUCUCUAUAUUAUGUGGCUGCCUCCCCAAAAGAUCCCACAUAUGUAGUUGCUCCAGUUUUACAAUCUCGCUCGGGUCGUGAAAAUCUGAAAAAGCUCUUCGCAGCCUGGUAUGAAAGGAGGCAAAUGAAGAAAAUCUACUCUCCUCUUCUCGAAGGACUUCUGGCUCUCUACCUUGGGUUUGAGUGGAUUCAGACAAACAACAUCCUUGCACCUAUAAUAACACAUGGGAUUUAUUCUGUGGUAAUACUUGGACAUGGCCUUUGGAAGAUCCAUGACCACCGGAGAAGACUACGCCAACGAAUCCAGCAGCUUAGACAGGGAAACGAUUCAAAAUGAACACUGAAUCAGCAUAAAUGUAGCUCGGCAUGCAUGGAACUUGUACAUUACGUAGAGUUUACUAUUGUAUGGUCUAGUGGCAGAUGUAAUUUCGGUAGAAUAACCUUAUACAUCAAGAAUAUGUAAGAGAAAUUCAAAGCUGUAUACAUGAUAUCAUACGAAGCCUCUUUU